AUGUGCUGGGAGUGGGAGAGGCAGGGUCCAGGGUUAUUCCAAGGUUCUUGGCUGAGGAAGAAGGAGAGCGUGGGAGAUUCCAGAGGAAUGGAGAUAGAGAAAUCCGAGGAGGGGGAGGAUGAGGAGGGGAAGAAAAGGAGACACAAAAUGAAGAUCUCUCCUUUGGCUGUGUUGAGCUGCACACUGUUUAUCCUCACCUUCCAGGCAGAGUACCAGGCUAAGCAUCCUAAUGUUCCAGACAUAAUAAUCGCAGACAGCCACCAAAACCUGGCUCUGUCCUUCCAGCUGGUGGAUGAGAACACCGGGGUGGAGCUCACCCCACACCAGACCUUUGUGCACCUGCAUAAUCAAAAGACAGACCAGGAGGUGAUGUUUGUUGCUGAGCCCGACAGUAAAAAUGUGUACAGGUUUGAGCUGGAUGCUGCAGAGAGGAAAUCUGAGUUUAAUUCAGUGUCUGGCACGUAUGCACUGCACCUCAUCAUCAGGGAUGCCACGCUGGAGAAUCCCAUUCUCUGGAACAUGGCUGAUAUUGUGCUGAAGUUCCCGGAUGAAGAUGCCCCCUCAGUGGUGCAGUCCAAGAACCUCUAUAUUGCCAAACCAGAGAUCCAGCAUCUGUUCAGAGAACCUGAGAAGAAGCCAGCGACUGUGGUUUCCAAUGCAUUCACAGCUCUGGUACUGGCUCCAUUCCUGCUGCUGAUCAUCCUGUGGAUUAAACUUGGUGCCAACAUUUCAAACUUUAGCAUUACCCCAAGCACCCUCCUGUUCCACCUGGGACACGCUGCAAUGCUGGGGCUCAUGUAUGUGUACUGGACACACUUGAACAUGUUUCAGACCCUCAAUUGA